AUGGCACAAAAUUAUGAUGAUCAACUAGCUGACGUAGAACAUGUCACUUUACAACAACUAGAAAAAUGGUCCCUCAUCGAAGAAAAGAUUUUACAACAGAAAUCCAGAGCCACCUGGAUAAAGUUGGGGGAUGGCAAUAACAAAUACUUUUCAGUUGUGAUAAAGGACAGGAAACAAAGAAAGCAAAUAAAUGUGCUAACUAGCCUUGCUGGACCUACUUUACAUGAACCAGCUGCUAUACAACAUGAGAUCAUUUCCUUCUACAAGUCGCUUAUGGCAUGGCAUGUGAUCAACAAGGAGGUAAAUGAAGCUGUAUUAGAAUUUUUUAGCACAGGGAAACUGCUCAAAGCUGUAAACUGUACAGCCAUAACCUUGCUACCUAAAAUUACAAAAAGUGAUUUUGCUAUUAUCUCUCAUGCCCAAUCUGGUUUCAUCCCUGGCAGGAAGAUAGCUGAUAGUGUCAUACUAGCCCAUGAACUUGUAAAGUCCUACUCUAGAAAGCACAUCACACCUAGAUGUAUGAUAAAGGUUGAUCUGCAAAAGGCUUACGAUUCUGUUGAAUGGCCAUAUUUGCAACAGGUCAUGGAGGACGAUUUGCUCCUAUUUGCUAAGGCUGAUCUCAGAAGCAUUACAAAAUUGCAAGACAAGUUUAUCAGGUUCUCAAGGGCAUCUGGGUUGCAACCCAACUUGGCUAAAAGCUCAGUGUACAUAGGAGGUCUGGACUCAGCUGAAUCUCAAAGGAUCAGCCACUAUCUAGGAUAUGGGCUAGGAGAGCUACCUUUCAAAUACCUGGGAGUACCCCUCACAACCAAGAAACUGAGCAUCCUCCAAUGGCAACCGCUAAUCGAGAAGGUGGUAACAAGAAUCUCAUCCUGGACAGCAAAAAAAUUAUCAUAUGCAGGACGGAUCCAAUUGGUGAAAUCAGUUAUUUUUGGUGUUCAGUCUUAUUGGGCUCACUUAUUUGUUUUACCUGCCAAAGUAAUCAAGGCUAUCAAUGCUUAUUGUCGAAGCUUUAUAUGGUCGGGGUUAACUCAAUCACCAAAAAAGCCUUAG